UUUUUUUUUUUUAAAUAAAUGUUUCCGAGUUCUCCACACUAAACAGUAAACACAGCAGGGGGUAGGUUUGUGAAAGUCUUAUUAGCUUAAAUGGAGCGAACGAAGACAGACUGCGAGAGAACAGAGACGUAAUGAGAGUGAUAUUGUCUGUGAUUUACAUUUUUCUGCUUCUUGCAUUGUCUGGUAGAUGCAGCGAUGUUUAUAGUAGGAGAGAUUUCCCCGAAGGCUUCACUUUUGGAUCUGCCACUUCUGCUUAUCAGUGGGAAGGAGCUGUUGAUGAAGAUGGGAAAAAGCCUAGCGUUUGGGAUACUUUCCUUCACUCUCGUAACUUAGCAAACGGAGACAUAGCUUGUGAUGGGUACCACAAAUACAAGGAAGAUGUGAAACUAAUGGUGGAAACUGGCUUAGAUGCAUUCAGGUUCUCUAUCUCUUGGUCUAGGCUUAUACCAAAUGGAAGAGGUCCUGUUAACCCAAAAGGUCUACAAUUCUAUAAGAACUUCAUUCAACAACUUGUCAGCCAUGGAAUCGAACCACAUGUUACAUUGCACCACUACGAUCUUCCUCAGUAUCUCGAGGAUGACUAUGGAGGAUGGAUCAACCGCAGAAUCAUCAAAGACUUUACUGCUUAUGCAGAUGUUUGUUUCAGAGAGUUUGGGAACCACGUCAAAUUCUGGACCACGAUCAACGAGGCUAAUGUAUUCACUAUCGGAGGUUACAACGAUGGGACUUCCCCCCCUGGUCGUUGUUCUAACUGCUCAUCAGGGAACUCGUCCACUGAAACAUACAUUGUAGGCCAUAACUUGCUUCUUGCACACGCCUCUGUUUCAAGACUGUAUAAGCAAAAGUACAAGGAUAAGCAAGGUGGUUCUGUAGGCUUUAGCUUAUAUGCAUUUGAAUUUGUUCCUUAUACAAGCUCCUCUAAGGAUGAUGAAAUUGCAAUUCAAAGAGCCAAAGAUUUCUUCUACGGCUGGAUACUUGGGCCUCUUACAUUUGGAGACUAUCCCGUUGAAAUGAAAAGAGCUGUGGGAUCAAGACUGCCAAUUUUCUCGAAGGAAGAAUCUGAACUAGUUAAAGGCUCGUCUGACUUCAUAGGGAUCAUGCACUAUUUUCCAGCUUCUGUCAAAAACAUAAAAAUCGAACCUUCUCUUCCAAGAAACCCGGAUUUCUACUCAGACAUGGGGGUAUCUUUGAUUUAUCUUGGGAAUUUUUCAGGUUUCGGGUAUGAUAUUGUUCCAUGGGCUAUGGAAAGUGUCCUGGAACAUAUUAAGCAGGCCUAUGGCAAUCCUCCUGUCUACAUUCUUGAGAAUGGUACACCUAUGAAGCCAGACUUGCAGCUGCAACAGAAGGACACACGUAGGAUUGAGUACUUGCGUGCUUACAUUGGUGCUGUACUCAAAGCCGUUAGGAAUGGAUCAGACACGAGAGGAUACUUCGUAUGGUCAUUUAUGGAUUUGUACGAGUUACUAAGUGGAUACGAGCUUAGUUUUGGAUUAUACUCUGUCAAUUUCAGUGAUCCUCAUCGAAAGAGAUCUCCCAAACUCUCUGCUCACUGGUACUCUGAUUUUCUCAAAGGCAAAACCACUUUUUUUGGUUCCCAAGGCAUCACACAAUUGCAUAGAACCUUCUCUUCUUCCUCGUUAUAGUGAAUUGCAUUUCUGAUGAUUCCGACCCAGUUUGAUAAAGUCCGGUUAUGUAAUGAAUAAAAAAUACCAAGUUUAUGUUUACCUAAGAACAACAAUCGUUUAAUCUAUUAUAAUUGUGAGAGAUUCCUUAAAAUA